UCUGGGAUCCAGGAGUUCGAGGAGAUGGAGGGUGGUGGCGGCGGCGGCCAGCGCUGCUCCAGCAGCGCGCUGUUCUCUGGUUUCCGCGCCCUAGGACUCUUCAGCUCCCAUAUUCCACACGUGGUUCGUUACCAUGGUCGGCACCGCAAGUUCUACGUGACAACUUGCGUGGGGAAGAGUUUCCAUACUUACAAUGUUCAGAAGCUUAGUCUGGUGGCAGUAAGCAAUUCUGUGCCUCAGGAUAUCACUUGUUUGGCUGCUGAUAGAAGACUGGUUUUUGCUGCAUAUGGGAAUGUUUUCUCUGCAUUUUCCCGAAACAAAGAGGUUGCACAUACCUUCAGGGGUCACAAUGCAGAAAUUCACCUUUUACAGCCCUUUGGAGAUCAUAUCAUCUCGAUUGAUAUAGAUAGUAUCCUCAUCAUUUGGCAUAUAUAUUCGGAAGAAAAGUACCUUCAGUUGAUUUUCGAUAAAGCUGUUUUUAAAAUUUCUACCGUUUUACAUCCAAGUACCUACUUGAACAAAAUUCUCCUUGGGAGUGAACAAGGAAGCCUGCAGUUGUGGAAUAUAAAAUCCAACAAACUUCUCUAUACAUUUCCAGGAUGGAAUUUUGCAGUGACAGCUCUCCAACAGGCACCUGCAGUGGACGUCAUUGCGGUUGGACUUGUGUCUGGUCAGAUUAUUAUCCAGAACAUAAAAUUUGAUGAAACACUGAUGAUGUUUCGCCAAGAUUGGGGUCCCAUCACUUCAAUUUCUUUUCGUACAGAUGGACAUCCAGUAAUGGCAUCUGGUAGCCCUCUUGGUCAUAUAGGUCUCUGGGACCUAGAAGAAAGAAAACUAAUCAAUCAAAUGAGAAAUGCCCAUUCUACAGCAAUUGCUGGUCUGACAUUCCUCCAUGGAGAGCCACUUCUCAUUACUAAUGGUGCUGAUAAUGCACUGAGGAUUUGGAUAUUUGAUGGUACUGCAGGUGAAGGUCGGAUUUUGAAAUUCAGAAUGGGUCAUAGUGCUCCUUUAACCAAAAUUAGAUACUAUGGACAAAACGGACAACAAAUUCUUAGUGCAAGUCACGAUGGUACUUUACAGUCAUUUUCUACAGUUCAUGAAAAAUACAACAAGAGUUUGGGACAUGGAAUGAUAAAUAAAAAGCAAGCCAAACGUAAAGGUAUUAAGAAUUGUGAAUCAAUGAGACUUCCACCCAUAACAGUAUUUGUAGCAGUUUCUCCAAAGGCUAUAGAUAUCACCCCCUGUGGAAAUUUUGCUGUAAUUGGGCUUACAUCUGGAAAUGUUGAUGUCUAUAACAUGCAGUCUGGUAUGCAUCGAGGUUCAUUUGGAAUGAAAAAAGCCCAUGAAGGCGCUGUUAGAGGAGUAGCAGUAGAUGGAUUAAACCAGUUAACAAUUACAGCUGGUAGUGAAGGAUUACUCAAAUUCUGGAACUUUAAGACUAAAAUGUUAAUUCACACUACAAACCUGAGUUCGUCUCCAAGCAUCAUGCUGCUGCAUAGAGAUAGUGGCAUCCUGGGAAUUGCCUCAGAUGACUUCAGUCUAAGUGUUCUAGACAUAGAAACCAGAAAGACGGUCAGAGAGUUUUUUGGACACCAAGGCAAGAUAAAUGACAUGGCUUUCAGCCCUGAUGGUCGCUGGUUAAUAAGUGGCUCAAUGGAUUGCUCAAUUAGGAUUUGGGACCUUCCAUCUGGGUGCCUUAUAGACUGUUUCCUAGUGGAUUCAGCACCUAUUAGUCUUACUAUGUCUCCCACUGGAGACUUUCUGGCCACUUCCCAUGUGGAUAAUCUUGGAAUUUAUCUUUGGUCUAACAUUUCCUUAUAUUCACUUGUUUCAUUACGGCCACUUUCAGCAGAUCAUGUUCCUGCUAUUGUAAUGCUUCCUGGUACCUGCCACAUCCAAGAAGAAGAAUUCUCAGAAGAAAUUGAAGGGCCAAAUGAUGAAAUAAUAGAUUAUGACUCACCAGAACAGCUCAAUGAGCAGCUGUUGACUUUGUCACUACUACCUGAAUCAAGGUGGAAAAACCUUCUCAAUCUUGCAAUUAUUAAGAAAAAAAAUAAACCAAAGGAACCUCCUAAAGUGCCCAAAUCAGCACCAUUCUUUAUACCUACUGUUCCUGGCCUUGUACCAAAAUACCUUUCCUCUGAACAAGAUAUAAGUUCUCAACAGUCUAAAGUGAUAAAUCUUGGAAUUUUGGCUCAAAAAUCUGACUUCUGCCUGAAACUUGAAGAAGGACUUAGCACUAAUAAAUAUGAAUCUCCACUUAAUGUUUUUAAGGAAUUGGGCCCUUCAGCUAUUGAAAUAGAGCUCCGAAGCUUAUCUCCAGAAUGUGGUGGCUCUGUAAAACUCAUGCAGAGUUUCUUGAAAAUGAUUGGAGCAAUGUUGACCACAAAACGUGAUUUUGAACUGGCUCAGGCAUAUCUAGCUUUAUUUUUAAAGUUACACCUUAAAAUUCUUCCUUCAGAGCCAGUACUAUUAGAAGAAAUGACAACAUUGUCUUCACAAUUAGAAGAAACUUGGAUCCAUCUGCAGUCCCUCUUCAAUCAAAGCCUGUGUGUGUUAAAUUUUAUAAAAAGUGCUUUGUUAUGAAACUUAUUUCUUAUUCUUUCAAAACAUAAAAACUCAGAAACCUAAAAUUUUUGAAGGGAGGCAUGAUCAAGAGAGAUUGGUAAUUGUUUUUAAACAAGGACAUAAUAUGAGUUCUAUUUUACCCAAUUAAUUCUUUACUAUUUCAUUGUAUAGUAAAAAAAAUUGCUGAUCAUAUUAACUGGAUUAUACAGUCACUGAUCCUUCAGCACAGAUACAGCUAAUUCCCUUGAAUUAAAAACAAAAGGUAUUUUGUAUUUGUUUCAUAUCUCUUUAGAAAUUCCUCAAUCCAUUUUCUGGUACCUUCCAUUCUUUGUCUUUCUGGUAUUACAUAUCUUGAAAUCUUCCUCACCUAUUUAGUGUCUUCUCUGCCAUGCAAUCUUUAGUAUUUCUUAACAUUGUAAUUAGACUAAACCCACUGUUUCAUAAAAGAACUCCCAAUGAAGACAUUUCCUCUCCUUGUUCAGAUGAGCACCUUUUGUGCUGCUCAUUUCAGUAUUCCAGACAGCUCUUUGUUUCAGAAAUUGAGAAAUUAAAUGAUGCUUGGACAGUCAUUAUAUAUUAGAGGUAGGAUUUGAACUCAGGCAGACUGUCCACUGCCUUCUUGUAGGUAUCAUUUUUAAGUGAAAUCAAAGGGGGCAACAAAUUCUUAUUCUUUCUAUCAGUUUAUAACCUAAUAAAUGGGCAUAUUCUAUUGAUAGAAGGAAUAGUGUAGGCAAAUUAAAAAAGAAAAAGAUUUACUCAUCUUGAUGGAUGAAAAGUUAGAAUUGUAACAUUUUAGAGCUGGAAAUUCUUGUCAUUUUACAAAUGAGAAAACUGAAGCUUUGAGAGAUUUGUGACUUUUCCAAGGUUACAUAGUGAAUGAGAGGGUUAGGACUAGA